AGGUCUUGUUGCUGAAGUGAUCAACGCAUAACAAUGUGGGGUGCUCGCUCCAACUAUGAAAGAAAAAUGGCUCAGAACUUUUCUGAAGAUGUGAGACGGGCAGAGUUGGAGUCAAAGAUGAAUCAGAACAAGAUUCUGUUCGGUCAGGCGACACAAGACGAGCGGGUGAUGAACCGACGACGAGCGCGGAAGGCGGCUGAAGAGGCUCAAGAGCGAGAGCUGGAGGAGAGGUUGAAGCAAGCAGCCGUGGUAGAGAAGCAGAAAGCCAUAGCAGAGAAGGAAGCAGCUCUAGCUGCAGAACUGGAGCGAAGAAAGAACGAUGCUCUACGGUCUGAGAAACUCCUUGAGAAGGUCAGGGCGGAGGCUCCUGAACUUCGUGAGCUGGAGCAGCGAUUGAGAGCAGCGUACAUGAACCAGGAACGAAGAAAGCAGCUGCAAGAGAAGCUUGUCAUCGAAGAACAAGAGCGAGAGCGACAAGCCAUCGCCGAUCUUCACAUGGAAGCUGCUCGCAUCCGAGAGAUUCGGGUAGAAGAAGCGAAAGAGCAGCAGAGGAGGAACGAGGCACUUGCUGCCAAGCAAAUCCUCAAGGAGCAGAUGGCAGAGCAAGAUGAAGCCAAGGCUGCAGCGUAUGCAGAGUUCAUCAAGGAGAAAGCGAUGGUGGAUGAAAUCAUCGCAAAGAUCAUGGAGGAAGAGAAGCAGGAAGCGCUUGCAAAGAUGGCAAAACGCCAAGAGACCAGAGAAUACAUCCAGAGGUAUCUUGUCGAGAACGAGAAGAUCAAAGAGGAGGAGAAACGGCGGCAAGAGGAGGAGGACCAAGCGAUUCUGCGCUAUGCGGAGGCCGUUCGAGCAAGAGAAGGAGCAGCAGCUGCGCAAAAAGCUGCGCAGGAGGAGGAGAAGGAUAGAAUCUUCCAGAAGAUCUCCAAGGACAUUCUGCGGAGACAGGCGGAGGAGGAAGAGAUGCUCGAGCUGCAGAUCGAACUCGCGAACCAAGAGGCGGAGGAGCGAAGAGUGCUGGCGGACAAGGCUGCUCUUGAGAAGAGAUUGAGAGACAGGAUGGAGAUGAUGGCAGCCAACGAAUACCAGAAGAAGUUGAAGCUGGAGAAGUUGAAGCAGCAAGAGGCGGAAGAAGAAGAAUUCAGAAAGCGAAUGCUCGCCAAGUUUGCCGAGGACGAGCGUAUCGAGCAGAUGAAUGCGCAGAGGAGGAGGAUGAAGAUGCUGGAGCACAAACGCGAGGUCGAGCGGCUCAUCGAGGAGCGUCGCCAGAUGUACGAGGAGGAGAAGGAGGCGGAGCUGGAGGAGCAGAAAGAAGAGGAGAGAAGAGCCCAGGCCCUGCGGGAGCUCAUCGAACAAGAGCGUCAGCGCAUCUUGCGGGAAGCAGCAGGGAAGCUCGGGCUGGAGUACAUGCCGAGAGGCGUACUGGCGUCCAAAGAAGAUCUCGAGAUGUUCAAAGCGGCUCAGCAUGCCAACAAGUUCAGAUGAGAAGGAUGACGGGAGAGCCCUUGGCUGGGAUACCAUUACAUCUGUAUUCUUUCA